AGAGAGAGAGAGAGAAACUAUUUGAAAGGGUUGGUUGGACGCAUGGUUCAGUUGUCUGAGUAUUUGCCUAACAUGCAUGAGGGCUCAGAUUCAGUCUCCAGCACUGCUUAAGAACUGGAAUUGGGCUCGAGGUGGUAAUGUGCCCCCUUCCCCCUUAAAGAUCUCUGUCCCAACGUGUCCCUCCUCCGCUGGGAGGACAGAUCCCUAAGGGAUAAUUGCCUUGUGGCCUGCAGGUCUGGAGGAGGCUUUGGCCACAGGCGCCGCCUCCUGUUCUUGUUUACUUGUUGCCUCAGGAGACUGGAGACGCACGGAGACGCACCGGUGUCCCUGGCUCCGUGCACUGCAGCACUCAGGCUUCUUGGGUCCCAGCAGCAUCUCGGGGGUACCAGCCAACAUGAGCCACAGCAGCACCUCGGGCUCCGGGAGCCUGGAGCGCCCCAGCGACGCCUCACCGCCCGAGGAAACUGCCAAUCAUCCCAUGGAAUUCCCAGUCACCCGGGAACAGCUGAACCACUACCGGAAUGUGGCUGAAAAUGUUCAAAGUGAACUUGCAGCGACUUUGGUCAAAUUUGAAUGUGCUCAGUCUGAGCUUCGAGACCUCCGCUCCAAGCUUCUCUCUAAGGAAGUUUGCUACCAAGAGCUGAAGGCUGAAGUGGAGAGCUACAAAGAAAGCAGUGCCAGAAAAUCAUCUCUCCUCGUCUCUCUGAGGGGCAGAGUGCAGGAGCUCCAAGAGGAAUCGGCAGCGCUUUCCGCUUCUAAAAUCAGAGCGGAGACCUCUGCUCACACCAUGAUGAAGGAGAACCAGGAAGUAACUAGGAAAGCCCUGGAAUUGGAUGAGAAAUUGCAAAACUGCAUGAAGGAAAAUGAGGAGUCUAAGAAACAAGGCUUAGAGAAUCUCCGGAGACAUGAGGAAUUUCGAACUGAGCUUUGUGACUGCUUGAGUCUAGACAAGAAGCAAGAGGAAGCAUCUGAUGAAGAUUUGAUUUUAAAGCUUAGAGAGCUGUGUAAGGAAAACACAUUCCUGAAAGGACAAAUCGUGACUCUUGAAGAGACUAUAAAUGUCCAUGAGAUGGAAGCAAAAGCUAACAGAGAAACGAUCUCGAGGCUGGCGGCAGAAGUCAGCCGGGAGCAGAGAAGAGCUGCCUCCUGGGCCGUGGAGAAAGACAAGCUGAGUCAGGACUUGCUCGGUGCAGUGGAUGCAAGAACGGCUCUGGAAAAGGAAGCCAAACUCUUCCAAGAAAGGCUGCUUGCUGCGCAGCGAGCCUGGGACGCUUCAAAGCAAGAGCUGAACCAGCUGAGGAAAAACUACCAGCAGCUGGACCUGAGCUUGAAGGCUGGUAGGGAUGCUGCGGCAGCCUUCCAAAGCCAGAACUCCUCCUUCAGGGAGAAACUCGCCAAGCUCCUUUGCAGCGGAUUGGAUGCGGCUGGGCCCACAGAGGAUGUCAUAUUGGAGAGGAUUCGAGACCUAGGCAUCCAGGAAGAGAGCAAGACCAGGAUGGUAUCCCAGCUUGAAGCCCAGAUAUCAGAGUUUGUUGAACAGUUGGGAAAUGAAGCUGAGCUUCAUCAGAAAGCCCUACAGAGGGCCCAUGAGGCAGAAAGCAAGUUGGAGGCUCUUCAGGGUCAGCUGAGUCGCCUGGAGGGAGAACUGCUUUCUGGAGAUGUCUUGAGAGACAACUUGAAUCUUGAGAAACAAAAAUAUCUGCAGUUUCUGGAUCAGCUUUCAGAGAAAAUGAAAUUGGGUCAGAUUGCUGCUGACCUUGGCUUUGACAUGCGUCUGGAUGUAGUUUUAGCUCGCACAGAGCAGCUAGUCCGCCUGGAAAGCAAUGCUGUCAUUGAAAACAAGACCAUCGCUCACAACUUACAGAGAAAGCUAAAGACUCAGAAAGAAAGACUGGAGAGCAAAGAGGUGCACAUGAGCCUCCUUCGGCAGAAAAUUGCCCAGCUGCAGCAGGAGACGCAGGCACGCACAGGCCUGGCUGUGGAGAGGGACGAGGCCCAUCUCACCAUCAGGAAGCUGGAGAAGAGGGUGGAGAGGUUGCAGAAGGAGCUGAGCGCCUGUCGGGAACACAACACUGAGCUCAAAGCCCAACUGGCCGACACCAAUGAACUCAAGAUUAAAACUUUGGAGCAGGCCAAAGCCAUCGAAGACUUAACUAAAUCCCGAGACAACCUGGAGAAACUGAAGGAGAAAGCAGAGAAGAAGAUCGUGUUGCUCAAGUCCGAGCUGGAAACUACAGAGGAAGAGGCUAAAGCAGACCAGGGAAGGACCAGAGCCAUGAUAGAGUUGGCCGCCAGUGAGCUGACGACCCUGAAGAAGUAUCUGGAAGAAUCUGAGAGGAGAGAACAGCAGCUGGUGGACUUCAGGGAGGUGAUUUCCCAGAUGCUGGGCUUAAACCUGACCUCUCUGGCACUUCCUGACUAUGAGAUCAUCAAAUGUCUGGAGAGUCUGGUCCAUUCACACCACCAUCACUUUGUUGCCUGUGAGUGCCUCAAAGACACGGCUGCCGAGCAUGGCAGUUGCCCGCAGUGCCACUUAGAACUUCAACACUGAUCACUUGCCUCCUGGACGGGGUGCAAUUCUCAAGUUGUGCAGUUCAAAAAUUUCUCGUAGUUUUGAAAUUCGGCCGGCGUGUGACAAUUAUCUACCUUGAUGAUAUAAUGAGAACAUAUCAUGGGGAAAAGGGUCUCCAAAGGUGCCAUUGCUAAGGCCCAGCAGGUAAAGGCACUGGCUACCAAGCCUGACAGCAUGAGUUCAGUCCUAGGGACCCACAUGGUAGAAAGAGACAGUUGACUCCUGCAAGUUUUCCUCUGCCCCAUACGCAAUCUGUUAUACAAGUUUACACACACACACACACAUACACACACACACCCGCUCACACACUUACACAAAAUAAAUAAAUGUUAAAAAGUGCCUGUCCUAGGUCAAUAUUCAGCCCUAAAACCAUCCAUUACUUCAAUAACUCGUGCAUUGGGACCCACAGGAAUCCCCUGGGUUCAUGCCUAGAUUGGGCUGUAUGAGCACAGAGUUUAGAACUACAGACCUUCUGACUUGGAGCAUUACUGAUGGCUUCACAUCUUAAGAUAACGGUGUGCAGGUCUUCCAAAAAUAUUACUUAAAAUUAUUUUACUUAUAGGUGUGUGCAUGUGUGUGCCUCUGUGUGUGUGUGUGUGUGUGUGCAUGCAGGUGCCAGCAGAGACCAUAAGAGGGAGUCAGAUCCCCUGAUACUGGAUCCCAGGCAGUUGUAAAGCACUUGAUGUGGGUGCUGGGACCUGAACUCAGGUCCUCUGCAAGAGUAGCAAGUGCCAUUAGCAUCUGAGCCAUCUCUCCAACCCCAUAAACAUCUAUCUAUCCUAAGUACAUACAGUUUGACACAUAAUAAUUAUACCUGUUUAUAGGUUUCUGGAUGACACUCCAAUCCAUGCAUACAGUGUGUGGUCAUGAGAUCAGGGUAACAUGGUAGACUCUUAAUAUCUUACAUGUUUUCCAGGGCCCAGAGACAAUUGUCCUAACUUAGGGUUCUAUAUGGUUAGUGUGGAAGGCAGGACAUGCACAGCAGAGGCUGUGCCUCUUAUGCUCUGCAUCUCAGAUUCCGCUCAGUUUUGAGCCUGAGAGGAAUUGUUAGCAUUCAGGAAGGAAAGCAACCCUACAAUCGGGAGAAGUCUGGAAGUGGCAGGUAGUGACUCAUUUGAGUAACCGAGAAUAUUGAUAUACGUUUGAAUCUACUCUGGGCCUCAUAGUGAGUUUCAGGCCAGCCUGGACUACAGAGUGAAACCCUUUCUCAAACCAAGCUAACAAACAACCAUCUGACUGACAAUCCAACUAGGCAAUCCUCCUGCAAGCCCAAACAAAAACAACUAACCAUAUUAGGUUGGCUUUCACUCAAGCAGUUACCUCCUCAUGCCAGACUUUGGUCUGUCUAAAGUGUUAAAUAUGUUGUUAUUUCCCCUUUAAUUUUUCAUGAGUUACAUGUCAGGGGUCAUAUAAGAGACUUAAAAAUAACCCAUAUUGGUUAUAACCUUUAUCCUGUGAAAUAACAUUUUGUUUAUCCAAAUGUAUGGCACAAGUGUGUAAAUAACAAUUCUUGAUAUAUAUUAAUUAUUCAGUAUGUUUGAAUAUAUACCCUAGAGAUAUUUCAGUGGUAAGAAUAUGUGGGAUAAGCAUAAAUAAAUUCUGUGCCUGCAGAUAGUUCGUGUACACAGUAACUGUUUGUUAUUUGGACAAACUGAAUGCGUGUUAGAAAAGCCAUUUCCUUCAUGUUAAAAUGUCUGUUGUUCCUUGCCUUCCCUUUGUCCAUGCAUUCCAGAGUUGGCAGGCUCACUUCACAUUUCUGUGUUGUUUGGUUUUUCUGUAAUAUCCAUGUAUAUUUUAUAUUGUCCAAUAAAAUGCAUGAGAUUAAUGUGA